AUGGCCAAGCCAAAAGCUCCACAAAAGUCGUACGCUUCGGCAGUAGGAGAAGAAGCGAGCUCGACUCGAGACGGCACAGUCAACUCGACAGCAGGCGGCAGCAAGAAGAAGCGCCAUCGCGCAGGCAAGAAGCGUCGCAACCGCAGACAGAGCUUUGCCGCGCCCUCCGAGUCCACCGUGGCCGAACGCGACGACGACCAGAACCAGCGACCGACUCUGACGACAACGCGACCAUCGGCCACCCAGACCAGCUUCUACCGCCUCAAGUCGGCUGCCCGCAGCAACACCAGCCUCGAGAGCGAUGCCCUUCUCGACCACCGCGAACACCAGCCCAUCCGCCCUCGCCGAAGUAGCAUCCAACAGGCCUCGAGAAGCACGGCCGGCCUUUUCCCUCGCAACCACCGCAACUCGCAGCAUGCCGUUUCCCAGUCGAGUCCUGUCAAGCCCCGCCAGAUGCACUACAGUGACGACGACGACGACGAAGAGGCUGUGACUGAUCGCACCCCGCUCAUCUCGCAAUCAUACUACGACAGACCUCCCAUUGAACGCAACCGAUCAGGCCAUCGUGCCUACGGUGGCACUCGACGCAGACAAUCGACAACUUCUCGCACAUCCAGCAAGCGAGCUAGAUACCCGAGCGGCAGUGACGAUGACUACGAUGUCAACAACCCUCCGUCCAUGCCAGGUUCCCCUAAGCUGGGAACCCUCGACGAUGUCAUGAUCGCGCAGGAGUUCUCGGGCUCUCCAUCGUCCGAGACUCGCGAUGCCAUCAUCAACAUCGAUCGCGACAACGACUCGGACCGUUUCCCUUCCUCUUCGCCACCAACACCUUCUGCCGAGGCUCGCAGACGUACCCUCGCCAACCUUGCUGAGAACGACGUUUGCUAUCCUGGCAACAUUGCCGAGUCAGAGCUUGGUGAAGACGACCUGACCCCGACAGACCAAGGCCAACGCCGCACCAGCCGUCGUAGACGCCACCGACAAUGGCCUGAUCUCGACGUCUUGGAUGAGUGGAGUCGUAUCGAGAAGGAGGAGAGGGAUCAUACUGAGCAAAUUCGUUCCAAAAAGAUCAGCGAGCCUGUCAUGGUCGGCGGCCGUCUGCGCCCAGCAAAGACCCAGUGGCAUCGCGAAGAAGACGAUGCUCCAUACCGCUACACCUACUUCAACGAGACAUUCGACGGCACCAUCCAUAGCAGGACUAUCUCAGAGCUCUGUCAAUUCGGCGCCACCUUCCGUGAGCUCUUCAAUCCAGAACCACCAGAGCUCAGUGAUGAGAGCAGCUCUGAUGAAGAAGAUCAAAUUCCUCAAGAAGCUCCGUCAGGCCGAGAGUCUAGGCUUAGCUCAAUCGCUGGAGAUGGAAAGGCCCCAGAUCGUUCCGCCUCGAUCACCCCUGCUCAAUCCCGACCACGUAUGCCCAAAGAGAAACGCUACGGCCCCCGCCCUACAUUCUGGCUGGACGUCCUCAGUCCCUCCGAGACAGAAAUGAAGAUCCUUGCCAAGGCUUUUGGUAUUCACCAACUGACCGUAGAGGAUAUCAUGAUGCAAGAGCCUCGUGAGAAGGUUGAGCUUUUCCAAAGUUAUUACUUCGUCAACUACCGCAGUUUCGAGCAAGACAAGGACAAUGAAGAGUACAUGGAGCCCGUCAACAUGUACGUUGUUGUCUUCAAGGAUGGUGUCAUCAGUUUCCACUUUUCCAUGACACCCCACCCCGCCAACGUCCGCCGUCGCAUUCGUCAGCUUAACGAUUACAUGUCUCCGACCGCAGACUGGAUCUCCUAUGCCAUCAUUGAUGACAUUACAGAUGUGUAUGCUCCUUUGGUCCAAGUGAUUGAAGACGAGGUAGACGAGAUUGAUUACGAGAUUCUUGCUCUGCAUUCUUCAGAGGAGAAUGCAGAUGACAAGGCCAAGAACAGUGCAAAGGCCAAGGAGCUCGAGUAUGAGAAGAUGAACAAGGUUGCAGGAAGCGAUACCCAAUCCGAAAAGGGGGAACGCACGGCUGGCGAUAGUGGUGGUGACAUGCUCCGACGCGUCGGAAACUGCAGAAAGAAGGUUAUGAGUCUUUACCGUCUUCUUGGUAACAAGGCGGAUGUCAUCAAGGGCUUUGCCAAAAGGUGCAACGAGCAUUGGGAAGUUGCACCAAGGUCUGAGAUUGGCCUUUACCUCGGCGAUAUCCAAGAUCACGUCGCAACCAUGACAGGCAACUUGUCUCAUUACGAAAAGUAA